UUCUCGACACUACCUCUUCCAUAUCUCCUCCCACUUCCAUGGCUUCCUCCGCCUCCUCCUCCCUCUUCUCGCCUCUCUCUCCUCUCCAAACUCCAUCUCGAUCCGAGCGUGGCAUUCUCUCGGAUCUUCGCUUACGGUUUCGUCGCACCCGCUUUUUCCGCAAUUCGAGAACCCUAAUCCCGACACCGUCACCCCAAAGGAAUUCCCGCCCCGAUUCGAUCCGCGCCGUUCAAACCGACCGCACGCCCAGCCGUCCCUCCAACGAAGGCGGCGGAAAGGAGGACGCCGAUCCCAUUGAGCGAUUCCUGAAGCGGGACUACUCGCAGUGGGGCUUCGUCUCCGACAUCGAGUCCGUCUCCAUCCCCAAGGGCCUCAACGACGGCACCAUUCGCCUCAUCUCCGCCAAGAAGGGCGAGCCCGAAUGGAUGCUUCAGUUCCGCCUCCGCGCCUUCCGCCGUUUUCAGUUCAUGCGCGAGCCGCACUGGUCCGACAAUUGCUACCCGCCCAUCGACCUCCAGUCCAUCUGCUACUACUCUGAGCCCAAGCGGAAGCCCAAGCUCGGCAGCCUCGAUGAGGUCGAUCCCAAGCUCCUCGAGACGUUUGAUCGCCUAGGCAUCCCUCUCAACGAGCAGAAGCGCCUCGCCAACGUUGCCGUCGAUGCCGUCAUCGAUUCCACAUCUAUCGCCACCACGCACCGUGCCGCCCUCGCUGAGAAAGGUGUCAUCUUUUGUUCCAUCUCCGAAGCCAUCAGGGAGUACCCGGAGCUUAUCCGCCGGUACCUGGGGGAGGUCGUCCCUCCCGGGGAUAACUACUACGCGGCCCUCAACUCUGCCGUCUUCAGCGAUGGGUCCUUCUGCUACAUCCCCAAGGACACUGUGUGCCCCAUGGAGAUCUCCACGUACUUCAGGAUUAACGAUCGGGAGACGGGACAAUUCGAGAGGACGUUGAUUAUCGCUGAUGAACGGAGCUACGUCAGCUAUCUGGAAGGCUGCACGGCACCGUCAUAUGAUAAGAACCAGCUACAUGCCGCGGUGGUGGAGCUGUACUGUCAUGAGGGAGCUGAGAUCAAGUACUCCACGGUGCAGAACUGGUACGCUGGUGAUGAGGAAGGCAACGGUGGGAUCUACAAUUUCGUCACAAAGAGGGGGCUUUGUCAAGGUAAAGGGUCGAAAAUUUCAUGGACACAGGUAGAAACUGGCACCGCAAUCACAUGGAAGUACCCCAGUGUAAUUUUGAGGGGGGAUGACUCGAUGGGUGAGUUUUACUCGGUGGCACUGACUAAAGAUUUCCAGCAAGCAGACACCGGAACAAAGAUGAUCCAUCAGGGGAAGAAUACAAGGAGUCGGAUUGUCUCCAAGGGCAUCUCUGCUGGGAAGUCUACGAAUUGUUACCGAGGGCUUGUUAAAGUCCAGCCUGAUGCAGAAAAUUCUCGGAACUUCUCACAAUGUGAUUCUAUGCUGAUCGGUGACACAGCGGGUGCAAACACAUAUCCCUACAUAGAGGUAAAGAACCCUACAGCUCGUGUGGAGCAUGAAGCAAGCACUUCUAAGAUAGGUGAAGAUCAACUCUUCUAUUUUCAGCAGAGGGGGAUCGAUCAUGAAAAGGCUGUAGCUGCAAUGAUUGGUGGAUUCUGCAGGGAUGUUUUCAACAAGCUCCCACUGGAGUUUGCCUCCGAAGUGAAUGCACUCAUGAACUUGAAACUGGAGGGGUCUGUCGGGUAAAAUUCCUCUUUCUCUCAUCGCUUACUGAUGCUGUGACUUGUUUGUAAUCCCUUGUAUAGCUUUGUAAGAACUAAUCGACUUCCAGUAGACACACAAAAGCGCACUUGAGAUGGUUGCUUAUUUGUCAAAUCCAAGCAUACCUUUUUAUUUUUA